CAAUUAAUUUGCCAGCAGUAGCGGUUCAGCCAAGCAGUAGCGGCCCAGCCAGGCAGCAGCUUCUGAAAACAGACUACAGCUCAAAAUGCCCGUAGAUUUAAGCCAGUGGGGCGGCUCUCUUGCCCUGCAGGAGGUCGAGGAAAAGCCAGCACAGCCUCUGAAAAUUAAAUACGACUCUGUGGAAAUCGACGAACUCGGCAAAGUGCUCACACCAACACAGGUGCAGAAUCGACCCACCUGCGUCGAGUGGGAAGGAUGUGACUCCAGUAAGAUGUACACUCUGGCCCUGACCGACCCUGACGCUCCCAGCCGGAAAGACCCCAAAUUCAGGGAGUGGCACCACUUCCUGGUGGUCAACAUGAAAGGGAACGAUGUGUCCUCUGGCUGCGUCAUGUCGGACUACGUGGGCUCUGGUCCUCCUAAGGGCACAGGUCUCCACAGGUAUGUGUGGCUGGUGUACGAGCAGCCAGGCACCCUGUCCUGCUCUGAGACUGUCCUCACCAACUGCUCUGGAGACGGCCGUGGCAAGUUCAAACUCCAGAGCUUCAGGAAGAAAUACAAGCUGGGAGCCCCUGUGGCAGGAACCUGCUACCAGGCCGAGUGGGACGACUAUGUUCCCAGACUGUACGAGCAGCUGGCCGGAAAAUAAAAAAAAAAAUGUAGGCUGGUGGUCUUUAGCAAACUCCCACUCAUGCAACAGGCAAAAAAACCCCAACAGUUAAACAGCAUUCUUUUUUCGUGUGUGCCACUGAAUAGUAUUUUCUUUUCCUGCUGCUGCCAACCCAUGCUGGGACACAAAUAACUCCUCAAUAAUGUCACCUACACCCAUCUACAAUAAAUCUGUUCAACACUGAAAA